AUGGGCGCCCACGGCACGGUCUAUCACGGUCUCUACAAGAACGACGUCGUCGCGGUCAAGUGCCUCGAUCAAGUCGAGGACCUCACCACGUUUCACCGCGAAGUCUCGGCCAUGUUCAAGCUGCAGUCGCAGCACACGGUGCAGCUGCUCGCAAUGGCCGACCUCGACACCAACCAGCCCAAGAUCAUCAUGCCGUACAUGGUCCACGGCGAUUUGCGCACGCACCUCGAUAAGCGCCGCGCCAACGAGCGCACGGGGUGUACGCUGCCACAUCAAGCGAUUGCCGUCGCGGUCGCCGCCGCACUCGUGGACCUGCACAAGUGCAACGUCAUCCACCGCGACCUCAAGCCCCAAAACGUUCUUUUGUCGACCGACAAUCUCGUGCAGGUCGCCGACUUUGGCAUUGCGCGUGAGAACGGACUGCGCUCCAAGACGGCCGAAGUGGGCACGCCCCUCUACAUGGCGCCCGAAGCCUUUGCGACGAGCCACUAUGGCACCGAAGUCGACGUCUACGCGCUCGGCGUCCUCCUUACCGAGCUCGACACGACCCUGCGGCCGUACAGCGAAGAUUGCGUAAACGAGUAUGCGCUGUUUAUGCAAGUAUCCAACGGUCGCCGACCCCUCCUCUCGCUCACGUGUCCGCUCUGGUACUACGAGCUCGCGCACAAGUGCAUGGCCGCGGAUCCGAUCGACCGCCCGACGGCCGCGCAGGUGCACAAGUGCCUCUCGCAGCACGCGAAUGACCCGCACACGACGACCACCAGCGGUGUCCCGGUCAUUGCGGGAACCGACGUGACGUUCGUGAGGCGGCUCUCGCCGUCGACCGAGCUGGCGUUGUACGGCUCCGACCCGGUCGUGCUCCAGACGGUUGCUCCGACGCUGGCGGAUGCACGGGCGUACGAGCGCUAUUUGGGCAACCUGUUCACACUCGAUGCGCAGCCACAUCUGGUGCGGCUGGUGGGUGUCGUCGGCGGCGCCUCGUCCAAGCUCGUGCUCGAGUUUCUGGACGGCGGCGACCUUUUGACGUACCUCGAGCAGCCCGAGCCCCGACGACGCGUGUCGAAACUCAAUCUUGCGAUCGGCAUGACGCACGGCCUCCACGCGCUUCAUGCGCAGGGCAUGGUGCACGGGCACCUCAAAGCCAAGCACGUCUAUUUAACAGCGAGCGGUGAUGUCAAACUCGCGAGCUUCAAGUUCGGGCACACCGGCACGUUCUCGGGCGAUAUCUUUGCGUUGGGGAAUCUGUUCGCCCGCGUGGACGCUGCGUACGCCCAGCCGUCAACCCACGACCCCGUGCUGGCGUUCAUCAUCCAGCGCUGUUGCGCCGACGAGCCAGCAGCCCGACCAUCAACCACCGACCUUCUUGCGUGCCUCGAGUCGGCGUCCGUCGCCUGAACUCUGAACUCUCGGUUCUUUAUUGUCUCGUAGCAACGUCGACAUGUAUCCAUCUUCCAAUCAACAGUUUUCCCGCCAGUUUUGGUCGUUUGGAACCCCAC